AGUGGUGAGCAGGACCGGACAUGACUGGAGCCGGAAGCAGCGGCCAGGGUCCGCCUGAUGGGACGGAUACUGAGGAGGCGGAGAGGUGUCCUAUCUGCUUGGGCGUCCUGGCCGGAGGCGAGCUCGCCAUGCCAGACAGCUGCUGUCAUGUCUUCUGCCUCAGAUGCCUCCUCACAUGGGCAGAGUUACAGAUGGCUCCUUCCUGUCCAGUGGACAGAAGACCUUUCACUAAUGUUUACAGAUGGGAUGGGAAUCUGAGCUGUGUGCAGGUUCCUGUGAGGAAGAGAACAACUCAGCUUGAAGCUGAAAUUUGCUGCUGUAGAAACCCUGAACAAAAAGUCUGUCUCAAAAGUAAACCUCCAAGAAGAUUGAGACGGCAAAAAGCAGAGAGGACGGCAGAUGCCAUAACAAAAGGACUUGUGAGGAAAUGUAACGAUGAAGACCCCUCGUCUCUGAGCAGAAAAAAGGUGCGAGGAACAGAGUGCUGCACUUGGUCACCAUCUCCCUGUGUCUCAACCACACCAUCACAGGACAUUGCAGAGCCUGUUUGGGUGACAGAGGAGAUACCUUACGAUGCUGGUUUCACACCCUGCAAACCCAAAGUGCAAGAGUGUCCGUGGCUGACUCCUGCUGCUCCCAUCCCUGUCAAUGGCACCUCAAGGCGGAGUUUCCAUCCUGCAAGUUGGAACCACAGCCCAUUUCCAUUUGGACUCUGCUCAUCUCCCUUGACCUCCAGCUCAGUGUUCAGCCCCGGACAUUUUGUGUUUGAGGGUGUUGUCUGCGCCAUCACAUGUCCCAAAGGAGGAGAGAAGAGAGGCAGCCGUGCCUCAACCUCCAAAGCGCCCACCAAAGAGGCAGAGUCUGUACCGACCAGACGAUCCGGACGCAACAGUAAAACCCAGGAAGAGACUCCAGCGACUGACCCCUCAUCGCCGCCUCAGUCCAGCUCAUCAGACUCUGACUCAUCUAACAACAACCAGACUGCCAAGCCAGCCAAGACUUCUCAGGCACCGGCCAAGAGGAAGGUGACAAACCGAAAGGCCAGCGGCAAGCGGAAAGCCGCGGCAAGAAAAAAGCGCUCUCCCGAACCCAUUAGCAGUCUGGCCGCUAGUGAGGGGGAAGAAGAUGCUGACGGAGUUGACAACAAGGAGAAGGAGGAGGACGAAGAAGACAAAAGUGAUAAAGAGCCGGAUACAAACAUAUCAGAGCAGCAGCAGUCUGAUACUGAAGGGAGCCUCAGUGCCGACCAGGACGGUGUCAACUCUGCUGACGUGCAAGUAAGUGCAGAAUCUCUGAGUAACGACGCGGCACAGGACAGUGAUGACACUCAGGAACCACCUCAUGAACAAGAAGAGAAGCCAGAUGAGGACGAUGACGAGCCGUAUUACCCCCCUGACUUGUCUGCUAACAGCCCCAGUUCAUGUUCCGAGGGCGACGAGAGCAAAAAAGAUGAGGAAGAGCCAGCCAGCCCAGUUUCCUCUGUAGACAAGUACUCUGAGAAAACUCCUUCACCCUCUGACUCUCACAACGCUCUGCUGGAAGACCUGACGUCUCCAUGCUGUGAUGAGCAAACAGGGCAGGAUGAUGAAAUGGAGAUUUCAGAGUCCGAAGAAGCCAAGGAAGCAAAGGCUGACUCGUUUGAAAACUUGUCAGAACCUGGCUCGCCCCCUGCUGGGGAUUCACAGGAUGUUCUAGCUGACCCUGGAGCGAAAGCUUCUGAAGACACUGUCUCUAAAACGCUUGUAACAGAAGAGCAGUCAGUCGGUGACAGUUCUGGGGAAGAAACCAAGGAUGACGGUCCCUCCAAGGAUGACACUAAUGUAAUCCCCAUGGACUGUAGUUCACCCAUGAGUGACCAUGGUAACGGUGCCAUUUUGGAUCUGCCAAAGGAGAGUGCUGACCCAGCUGAUGCGGGAGCCCCUCCUUCUGAAAGCCAAGUCACCAAGGACGAGAGCCACAAGGACCAACAGGAGAGGGAAAAGAGCCCGGAGAGGAAGAACGGCAGGCAGCGGCGCUCUCGCUUCCACUCCCCGACCUCCACCUGGUCACCUAAGAGGGAGUCCAAACGUGAAUCAUCCAGGCGCUCACGCUCACGGUCUAGAGAGCGGGAUGGCAGCCCGCCUUCCGGCCACUCGUCCCGGGCUCGCAGCAGAGAAAGAGACAGGGACAGGGAUGGCGAGAGAGACUAUUCUAGGAGGGAGCGUAGUCAUGAAAGGAGGAGACGGCGAUCGAGGAGUCGCUCUAAAUCCAGGUCCCGCUCUCGGUCCAGGUCCAGAUCCAGAACAAGGUCUUACAGACGGGGGCCCAGCCCCGAAUGGCCAAACUCCAGAGAGCAGUCUCCACAGAAGAAGGAGCGCAGAGGCGGAUGGAGGCCAGGACAGGGUGGUGGGUCAGGUAGUGAGGGACGGAGGUAUCACGGAGGCGCUGGCCGCUUAGAAAAUGGUGUGCCUACCGAAGGUUCCCCUGAUCGCCAGGCCUGGUCAGAUAAUCCUGACUGGGUUACAGAAAAGACUCGCGGGGAAGCUGAAAGCAAAAACCGGGAUGCUGGUUUUAGCGGCGGCUCACGCUGGGAAGACAACCGCAACAGUGGUGGGAACAGAGGAGAGACACGUGGCAGGGGGGGCCGGGGAGGUGUUGAACGGGGGCGGGGUGCCGGGCGGGGCGGUGGCAGCCGUAGCUUUUACAAUCAGCAGGAGGAAACGGGCGAUAAUCGCUGGCCCAGAAAUAACUUCUCAGGUACAGGCAACAAUUCAGGGAAUGAUGCAUACAGCCGCUUCAACGAAAACCGAGGGGGUGGCCGGAGAAAAGACAUGGAUCCAACUGACUCUAUGCUCGAUCGGUCGGGGUGGUCAUCAGCAUCCAGCUGGGCUGUCAGGAGAACGCUUCCUGCGGACGUCCAGGACUAUUACUCAAAAAGGGAGAGGGGAGGAGCAGGAGGCUGGAACAGAUCAGAGGAGGAGCAGCCAGCAGCAGCAGCAGCAGGAGCAGAACUCCCUAAAAGCGAGCCUCCUCCCCAGGCCGUCCCAGGUAACGCUCCGGUGCCGGUGAUGAACGCCAUUCCUCCUCAGCUGAAUGUUCUUCACCACCACUACCCCAUGCAGGGCCCGCGAGGAGCCCUGCCCGUCAGCUUGCAGCCUGCGGCCCCAUACGCCAUGCCCCCUCAGGUUCCCGUGCACCUCCACCCUGCAGUGCCGCUGCUUCAGGUGCCCGCUGUUGGCGCUCAGGGCCUCCCGCCUCCCCCUCCGCCGCCUCCACCCUUGCAGCAAGGCAGCCAGACGGCAGCAGCUCAGCCUGAUGGCCACAUGUCUCAGAUGUCGAGCACCAUGAUGGGUUAUGGGAAACCUGCCCUGCUUCCCACCCCUACCAAAGCUGGUGCCACAUUGACCCAGAUGCACCAAGCCCAGAGCCAGAUGUUCCCAUCCUCUACCACUCAGCCCGGCCACAACAAGGCUCAAGCCGACAGCUCCAAAAAAGAAAAGAAACAACAGAUCCAAGAGAGAGCUAUAAAUGAAGUGAAGACAGCCAUCAAACCUUACUACCAAAAGAAGGAAAUCACUAAGGAGGAGUACAAGGAGAUCGUCCGCAAAGCAGUUGAGAAGGUGUGUCACAGCAAGAGUGGGGAGGUGAACUCCAGCAAGGUGGCCAACCUAGUGAAGGCCUACGUGGACAAAUACAAACACGCCCGCAAGAAAUGAAUCUAUGGCGUGCUGUUGGCGCAGCGAUUGCCCUCGCUGAACCAUUCAGCUGCUCAAGUGCAAUUUCCUCAAGCUGGAAUUUGGCCUCCAAACUGAAAGAGGACGGAGCGCCAGCAUUUUCAUUUUUUUGGAUAUCUGUACCUUUUAUUGAAUGAAGAUUUUUUUCUAUAGAUUUUCAUAUUUUGUUAGAAAAAGAAUGACCCAAUCAGAAAUUGUAAUGCAAGAGCCCUUUAUUUUGCAUAGAUCAUGUGACUUGGGAACUACUGUAAGGAGCGCAGGGUGGGGUGGGGGUGGGGAAGAGGGUAGAUACUGAAGAUGCAACGCUCAGUGAACAACGUUAGCUCGUGUAGUGGAGAGCCUCUCCCAGGGUGCCGGCUGGUAUGAUCAACGUCUCCUCCACGGCAUCCUGAUCACAUAGCUUAUUGAUUAUUGUCAAUGUUCUUUUUUAAAUAUAUAAUAUUUCAGAGGAAAGCCUAGUUUAAAAAAAAAAAAAGAAAAGUGCAUUGCCUUUAUUAAUCUCUGUGGCCCCGAUGAUGGGUAGGAAUCUGAUGAGUGUGAUUGUAAUCAGGGCCCUGAUUGGUCGAUGGGCGGGAUGGCCAAUCAGCAGCGAGUGUGUAACGGAAGGUGCAGGUCCCGGAGGGGGACAGCCGAGCUGAAACUGACCCCCGCACCCUGCCUGAAUGUGUAAUAACUGUCAAUGCGAGAACAUGAACUGUGCAAAGUAUCCAGAGAGUAGUGAAAUAAAUUAGCUGCUUCCUGA